AUGACCACGGCGGCUCUACAAGCUUCGACGGCACCGAUCAGCCUGCCGCCGAUCAGCAGCAUCGACUUCCACACUCAAGUCGCACACAGGCCGGAACCAGAAGUUGUGCAACCUCUACCGCCCCCACCGCCAGCACCGCAACGUGUGCUGCCACCGCUGCCGUAUCCUUACGCUGUUCGACCAGCCCCAGCACAAGUACCCCCGCCGCCUGUGCCUUCCGAGACGGAUGCCUCUGCCCUCGACGACGGACCCGAAUUUGAUCGUUGCACCUCCUCGACACAAAGCGAAGGAGGUGAAGAGACGGACGAAGACAGGAUGUCUAACAUGCCGAAAGAGGCGCAUCAAGCCCUGCCCGCACUCUCCAUUGUGUUCAUGUCACCAGCACGUCUUUUGCCCACGUUCCCGACACACAUGGGUUGA